UUUUUGAGAACAAACCUCAAACCCUGACAAUUUAUAUCCCAAGAAACUAUUUGGUUUACCAUUAGACAACCUCCAAAAGCAACACCAAACGGAUUCUUAGCACCGAGAGGUUUUGGAUAACUCAAAAAAGAGGAUUUUAAAACCAUGCAAUGAACCUCGACAUCUGAUUUAUUAAUCCGGGACAUACUUUGUGUCAUACAUUUGGAAAGCAAAGCUUUUCAUUUUGGACGUUUUGUUCGAAACGCGCAAGAACACCAGUGAUGGACCAAUAUUUUUGACAGUAUUUGAUAUUAUUGGCAUGGGCGAGUUAUCACGCAGACUGUAGCCUAAGGUGGAGAUGAGGAGAACGCAUGUCGAACAUCUUCAAAGUGUUGUUUAAACCUGUUGGACCAUGGAAAUGACAUCAUUUUUGCACCUGAGUUAAAACUGCGUUCCGCUGAUUAGAAUAACAUCCUACAACUAUCGGUUACCUCAUGGAUCUCAGUCAGAUCAAAAGAAACUUUUACAUCUGAUUUGUCGCGAGCGACUCCAGCAGUUUCCAGCCUUCGGAUUUUGACAGUUUAGCAUGGAUCUAUUGAGAUUUGCCAGACACUGUAUGUACAUUGCAUGGAUGGGCUUCUUAUGGAGGAGUGCAGCAGAUCAGCCCAGUCUGACGGACCACCUACAGUCUGCCAAUGGACUAUCCGAACUAUGUGGUAUCGAUGAGCUUCUUUGCCAUGAUGAAAACGCUCUGCUAAGCUUCGAGGCCAUCCGCAGCAUUCACAAAGACAUGGACGACGACGCAGACGGCAGCGUGGACGUAACGGAGACGGAUGGGUUUCUAAGAGAAGACUUGAAGUACCACGACCCUAAAGGAAAACACAACAGCUUCCAUAGAGCAGAUCUGCUGAUCACAGUGGAGGACAUGUGGAACUCCUGGAAAGCCUCUGAAGUGUAUAACUGGACAGUAGAGGAAGCUGAGGAGUGGCUUAUCAGAUGUGUGGAGUUACCACAGUAUGUUGAUUCCUUCAGGAAGAAUGACAUCAGUGGUAAAGCUCUGCCCAGACUUGCAGUGAAAAAUGCCACCCUGCUUCUCUCCGUGCUGAAGAUACCAGACCGCAGUCAUGCACAGAAACUACAGCUGAAGGCUCUGGACACAGUGCUUUUUGGACCUCCAAUGAGCAGACACAGUCACUUGAAGGACUUGAUGCUGGUGGUGUCUAUCGUGAUCGGAGUGGGGGGCUGCUGGUUCGCCUACAUCCAGAACCGGAAUUCUAGGGACCACAUUGGCAAGAUGAUGAAGGACCUCGAAGGGCUUCAUAGAGCUGAGCAGAGCUUGCUCGACAUGCAGCAAAAGCUGCAGAUUGCACAGAAAGAACAUCACACGGUGGCGGAGGAGAAGGUCAACCUGGAGCGGGAGAUGCGAACAGAGAUUGAAGCAGCCAAACAAGAGGCACAAAGACUGCGCGAACUGCGUGAGGGAACCGAGAACGAGUUGAGCAGACAGAAAUAUGCAGAGCAGGAGCUGGAACAGGUGCGAAUGGCACUGAAGAGGGCCGAAAGGGAGCUGGAGUUGAGAAGCAGCUGGUCUCCUCCUGAUGCCCUGCAGAAAUGGCUGCAGCUCACACAUGAGGUGGAAGUGCAGUACUACAACAUUAAGAAACAGCAAGCAGAAAGACAGCUCAUAGUGGCUAAAGAAGGGGCAGAAAAAAUCAAGAAGAAGAGAGGAACUCUCUUUGGGACAUUCCAUGUGGCCCACAGCUCUUCACUGGAUGACGUUGAUCAUAAAAUCCUGUCUGCCAAACAGGCUCUGGGAGAAGUGACCGCUGCUCUGAGAGAAAAGCUUCAUCGAUGGCAGCAAAUUGAGCAUCUGACGGGAUUCAAUAUUGUCAAUAACCCUGGCAUGUCGUCUCUGGCCUCUGCCCUCAACCUGGACCCUGCUGUCCUGGGCAUUCGCCCUGCUGUACCCCAACACCUACUGCUAUCUGAUGACCUAGACGACAUGGACGAAGACAUACUUUCAGCAGGAACCCUUCAAUAUGCCGCCUGGCAGAUGGAUCGGCGAGUGAGCGACCUUUGGCCCGUGGCUUCCGAGAGCCAAUCCCUGUGGAAACAUUCUGCUCCCAGCCUGAUGUCCCUACGGCCGCGACACGGAGACGCAAUGCUGACCAUGAGCACACAGAGGGAUCUGAACCGGUCCGAAUCGGAUUCCUCUCUCUCUAUGUCUCAGUACGGAGACGCCCAGCGCUGUACCUCAACUCCACUCUACAAUAAGCUGUCCAGAUCCAACGGUGGCUCGUCCAAUGACAGCCCUCUGCUGCAGAAAAAGACCUUUGGCAUGGAGAAGUGUGCCAGUCUCGGGGAGAUCCACUCUCAGCCGUCUAGCCUCAACUCAGCCGACUCGAUGCGCUCUCUCAUUUACACCUCCGAACAGGACGGCCUGUCGCAGCCAACAGGAAAAGGUGGCAGCCGAAUCUCUCAGAUCACAGGUAAGAAGAUCCUGGUGGACGAGGACAGCGGCUCCACAGGAGACGACACUGAAGGCUCCAACACGGGCCGCAAGAAGCACACCUUUACUAAACUCUUCAAGAGGCCGAAGAAAUAACAGCAAGAUGGGGAAAUGCCAAACAUUAAAGGACUAAGCACAAUGGUACUUUUUAAACCUUGAAGAGUUUAAGAACGUAAUUUAUGUGGAAUUUUUCAUUUGUAUCGUAAUUGUGUUGACCAACGGGAACAGAAACAGUCAUUUGUUGGGAACAGGUAUGAUAUCACUGUGCAUUUAUUUAUUUACUUCUACAAAUACGGGCACUAGAUGGUAUUGUCCAUUUUUGGUGUGAGAGUUUCUUCUGUUUUUAUUUGUAGUUAGCGUGAGCUGGAGCUUUCACUCUCAAAACACAUGCAAAAAGCUUUCAGCACAUACAAAUGACUCCACAAACUCUAUGCUGUUGUUUUACAUAGGAUUUGCUUGGACUUCUUUCCUCUUCAAAUGCAGCACAUCAUUGCGUUGCCUGAGGAAACUUUUGGCCGUAAAUAGUACCGCUGACGUCCCCCCUGCUGAAAACACACCCAGUACGAGUAUGAAGCUUCUGUGUGCGUGUAUCGACUGGUGGAUGCGAGGCUGAAUAUAUCAUGUUGCUUUUGAUUUCUCCUUCUGCUAUCAAAAUUUAUUUUAAAAUGUUUUAGACUUACAUCCUCACAGAGGAAACAUAUAGGUGUCUUUCACUGUGCCAAAUGUUAUUGCAGUUAUCCUGUCUGUGAGUCACAGACAGGAAAUGUUCUGUAGUUCUAGUCUCCGGCUUGUAACUACACGCCUUUAAGUUUAUUCAUGCUACAUGCCUCCGAAGUCCUUUCAUACCCCAGAAGUAACAAAAUAAGGUAUAAGAAAUGAAAGGUGUUUUGCAAAUUAAAAGUUGCGUGCUAACAAACUGCAGAGUUCCCUUUUUUUUUACAAAAAUACUGCAUUGUAAUAUAAAUUUUGUCACUAUUAGGUAUUUGUUUUCAAACUCACUUUUUUAUUAUAAUUUUGGCAGUCUUUGUAAGAACAAUUAAAGGUUAUUGUGUUUUUGUCAUUUGACAAUGUAUGGUCCAUGUGAAAAUCUAAAUGAAAUGAAGUUUUAUUUUUAAUUUUGGCACAUACUCAAUCAUUCAUAAGCUUGGGGUCAGUAAGAUUAUUAGAAGUUUAUUU